CGAGCGGGUGACCCCUGCCCUGGCCCCGCCCCCAACCUCCCCCACGCUCCGCCCCUGACCCCCUCCCACACCACCCUGGCACCCCUAAUAACCCCUCCCUGAUCCCCAUGACCCCCACCCAGACCCCCUCCCCACCCGCCCCUCAGGCACCCAGUGCCCCCGACGUGUUCUGGGCCAGCCUGGCCCGUGCCCAGCUCUGCGUGUGGGACCUGCAGGGAGCCCUCGAGGGGCAGCCCCUCCCCAGGCCCCCCCACCCUGGGACCCCCAGGAUGCCCCCCACUGCGGGGACAUGGCCCCCAGUGCCCCCCAGCCUGGGGGUCUGGAGGAGAACGUGGAGAACCUGGGGGUGGAUGGGAGCAGCUUUCAGGAGCUCCAAGGCUGUGGAUCCACACUGGAGAACAUCUUCCACGUCCCUCCCAAGCCCAUGGAUAAGAGCAACUUCCAGGAGCUCCAAGGCCACGAAUCUACAUUUGAGAGCAUCUUCCACGUGUCCAUAGGGGGGAACAUCCCACCUAAGCCUGUGCCGGUGGAUGGGAACAUCUUCCACGUGUCCAUGGAUGGGUCCAUCCCCCCCAAUCCCAUGUCCAUGGAUAAGAACAUCCCACCCCAGUCCGUGCCCAUGGAUGGGGGCACUCUCCAUGAGGACCAAGGCCACAGAUCCACACACGGGAGCAUCUCCCUCGUGCCUUCAGGUGGGGCCAUCUCCCCCAAAUCUGUGCCCAUGGACGAGAAUAUCCCAUCCGAGUCCUUCCCCUUGGAUGGGAGCGUCUUCCAGGAGGACCAAGGCUGUGGGUUCAUUUCUGGCAGCAUCUUCCACGUGUCCAUGGGUGGGAGCAUCUCCCCCCGGUCCAUGGCCAUGGGUGGGAGCAGCUCCUCCACAUCCAUGCCCACAGAUCAGGGAAUCUCUCAGGAAUGUGUGACUGUGGGUGGGACCAUCUCACCCAAGCCUGUGACCACGGAUGAGACCAACUCGUGCACGAGCAGGAGCAUCUCAGGGGAGAUUGUGCCAGAGGGUGGGACCAUCUCACCCAAGUCUGUACCCAUGGAUGUGUCCAACUUGCCCAAACCUGUGCCUGUGGAUGGGACCAUCUCACCCACGUUCAUGCCCACGGGUGGGAUCAUCUCUCCAGAGGAUGUGCCCAUGGAUGCAACGAUCCCAUCCAAGUCCAUGACCACGGAUGGGACCAUCUCACCCAAGUUUGUGCCCAUGGAUGAGACCAUCUCUCAGGAGCACCUGACCGUGGAUUCCACCAUCUCAGCCAAGUCCAUGGCCGUGGAUGAGACCAACCUGUCCAAGACUGUGAUGAUGGAUGGGACCAUCUCACCCAAAACUGUGCCCAUGGGUGAGACCACCCUUCUCGAGCCCCAAGCCCCCGAAUGCAGCGAAGAGGAGAAGGAUGAGGAUGAUGAGGAGGAUGAUGAUGACCACGGCAGCACCUCCCUGGAGGAAGAUACCGAGGAUGAGGAGGACCUGGAGGAGGAGGAGCCCCAGUUCCACACCAACCCCCUGUUCCAGAGCCGGCUGGUGGCCCCUGGGGGGGCCCAGGGGGUGCCCCUUUAUCGGACCCACAGGGCCGCCUUUGCCGAGGUGGGGGACACCACAGGGGGCAUCGGGGCAGAAAGGGGGGACCUCCAAACCCCCCCACUCCCACAGCCCUCAGGGGUCACUCCAAAGGGGACAUCGAGGACAUCGGGGGCGUCACCGUGGAGUGGGGACCCGCCCAACCCCCAGACCUGGCGCUCUCUGACUCCCCAGAGCUGCCCCUGGGAUCUGGCGGGGGGCAGCUGGAAUGGGGGGAACAGGACCCCCCUGCACUCCCCACCCCUCUGGAGCUCAGCCCAGGUGAAGGGGACUGGGACCCCCCCACCCCUCCUGAGCUCACCCCAGAGCGGGGGGGCCUGGGCCCCUGCAGUUCCAGAUCCCCUCUGGGGGAAGUGGUGCAGCCCCCCGAGGGGGGGUCCCAGCCGGGACGGGAGGAGGCCCAACGUUUGGCCUCCCGCCUGUUCCACCUGGAGGGCAUCCGGAAAUCCCAGGUGGCCUCGUUCCUCCGCAAAAACAAUGAUUUCAGCGCGAUGGUGGCCCAGGAAUACCUGGAAUUCUUCCACUUCCAGGGGCAGACUCUGGACCAGGCGCUCAGGUCGUUCCUGCAGGCCCUGGUGCUGUCGGGGGAGACGCAGGAGCGGGAGCGGGUCCUGGGCCACUUCUCCCGGCGCUUCCACCGCUGCAACCCUGGGGCCUUCCCAUCCCCCGCACUUGCGCCGGGCCAUGACCAGCUCUGAGUUCGUGUCCAACCUCAGUGGGAUGAACGAUGGGCAGGACUUUCCCAGGGAGCAGCUCAAGGCUCUUUACGGCUCCAUCCGCAGCAAGAAGUUGGAGUGGGCAACGGAGGAGGAGGAAGAGGAGGAAGAGGCUGGGGGAGGGAAGAAGAUCCUCCCCCAAAUCCCGGAGCUGCCGGGGGGAGCCGUGACCUUCCGCAGGGGGUGGUUGGCCAGAAAGGUCCUGGCAGAGGCUGAUGGCAAGAAAACUCCCUGGGGCCGCCGGGGCUGGAAACCUUUCCAGGCUGUUCUCCGUGGGACAUUCCUGUUCUUCCUCAAGGCCGGGGGCGGGGCCCGGGGGAUCUCCCGACGCCCCUCAGAGCCGGGAUCCCCCGGGGCUCCCCCGGAGGAAGGUGGGGGGACCGAGGAGCCCCUGGGGGUCCACCAUGCCCUGGCUGAGAGGGCCCCCAAAUACACCAAGCGGCCCAACGUGUUCCGGCUGCAAACGGCCGAGCGGAGGCUGUUCCUGUUCCAGGCGCCCACCUCCGAGGAGAUGCUGUCCUGGAUUUCCCGGAUCAAUCUCGUGGCCGCCCUGUUCUCCUCCCCUCCGUUCCCGGCGGCCGUGGGGUCCCAGCGACGCUUCGUGAGGCCCAUCCUGCCCACGGCACCCAGCAGGAGCCCCCCGGAGGAGCAGCUGCGGUGCCACGAGCAGUGGCUGGAGCGGGUGGGGCAGGAGCUCCUGGAGCACCAGAGACACCUCCCCGAGGGCCGAGGCCGAGCCCGGGACCUGGACGAGUAUCGGGUCAAGAAGGAAUUCCUGCUGGAGGAGCGCCGGCGCUACGAGACCUACGUGCAGGUGCUGGAGACAUGGCUGAACUCGGGCGCCCGGGACCUGGAGGGGUGGGAGGCACAGGCAGGGGGGGCCCCCCCGGACCCCCCUACUCUGACCAAGGCCCACUCGAGCCCCUCGCUGGCUCCUGAGCACCCCCCAGGCCCCACCGUCCGUGUCCGGAGGAACAUCUCGGAGCGAAGGACCGUGAGGAAAAUCGUCCCCAAGCGCAACAAAAACCUGCUAUGACCCCCUGGGGGGACCCCAAGAGAUGAGAUCCCACCAGGGGGACCCCCCCGGGAUAAAAUCCCACCAGGGACCCACCCCCAGGACCCCUCGGUACGAGGUUCUUUGGGGGGUCCCAGUAUGAGGUUCCUUGGGCCUCCCCCAGUUUGAGCCACCCUGGGGGGGAUUCAGGAUGGGGAAACUCAGGGAAAACACCCCUUUCCCUCUCCCAAAAAGAGGGCUGGGGGGGCUGUAACCCCCCUCCAGGAUCCCCAGCCCCACCCCAACCCCGCGCCCGCUGCCUGCUGCUCUCUGUGUGCAAUAAAGGUGUGUCCCACCGCUGGCA